UAUGAGACUCGUUAAACCCUUUUGGACUUUCAAAGGCGGUUCGGUUCUUCUUCUUCUUCUUCCUCCUCGCUCUGCGCCGCUUAACCUCGAAGAAAAACCUCUCUAGGAGCUAGCUUCGUCGAAUCUCUCUGUUUAGACUUAAUCGUUUUGUUUCGAUUCUAAGAAUCUAGCUGAUAGCGAUAACAUAGAAGAAACCCUAACUUCGCGAGCUUUGUUCAUCAACGCGUGUGAGAAAAAAAUGGGUCGGGACAACGAUCAGAAGAAGAAUAAGAAGAAGAGAAACAGAAGUAAUGAGAAUGAGAAGAGUGUUGAGAAAGUAGUUGCUAAUGAAGAGAAAGUCCCAACACAGCAGAAGCAGAAGCAACAACAAGGACAACAAGGAAAUUGUAAUCAAAGCAAGAAGAAGAAGAAUCAAGAAGUUUAUCCCUUCGGAAAUUACAGAAACUACUAUGGCUACCGAAUAAGCAAUGACACGGAUGAGGAUCCUCGGCUUAAAGUGUUGAAGAAGGAAUGGUUUGAAGGCAAAGACUGUCUUGACAUUGGCUGCAACAGCGGCAUCAUGACUAUUCAUAUUGCAAAAAAGUUCGGUUGCCGGAGCAUUCUUGGAGUUGACAUUGAUACAAGUCGCAUUGAGGAUGCUCACUGGCAUCUUAGGAAGUUUGUCAGAAUGCAGAAUUCUACUAAGCCUAGUGAAAAGAAAUCUAGUUCUGAGGGUGCCGAUGGAGUACAUGGAUCGAAGGAGCCAUCUGUUUCUCUCUCCAAUGGCGAGGCAAAGGCAGAUAGUGCAGAAACUAAAGACUUGUCUCAGAUUGUGUCGUUUCAGAAAGAGAAUUUUGUUCAAACCCGAAAUCUUGACGACAAUCGUUAUGAUACAAUUCUAUGUUUGAGUGUGACAAAAUGGGUUCAUUUGAACUGGGGUGAUGAUGGUUUAAUCACCUUAUUUUCAAAGAUUUGGCGUCUUCUUCAACCGGGUGGUAUCUUUGUAAUGGAACCUCAGCCUUGGAAAUCUUAUGAAAACAAUCGUCGUGUCUCAGAGACAACUGCAAUGAAUUACCGAACGAUUGUUUUACGACCAGACCGUUUCCAAGAAAUUCUUCUUGAUAAGAUUGGGUUUAGAACAGUGGAAGAUCUUACAUCAAGCUUGUCCGGUGCAAGCAAAGGGUUUGAUAGACAGAUUCUUGCGUUCCAGAAAUGAACAUAACAAACCAGAUGCCUCAUUGAAGAAGAAGGACAAGUUGUUGAGUUUUUGAAUAGCCUUGUGAAAAUCAAAUUAUGACAUGGUUGAACACAAGAUAUAAAAGGCAACUAAAAGUCGCUUCAUAUCUAAUAUGUAAUCUUUUUGCUACAGCUUAGGCUCACUAAUCU